CGACACUGGCGAUUGCCGCACCUAUUAUUUCCACCCGGCGCCCUCUCCCGCACCCCGUGUCCACUGCACACCUCCACGCUCACUACUACCUACCUUAUCUUCCCGUACACUGCUCGCUGCACACUGCAUCCGCUUCAGACGUGAACAGCCUUCCAUUCUUGCCACAGCCAAUCGCCGCAACUUCCUCCACUGGCACGCCGCUGCCAUCCACGAUCGUGGCCCAUGGGAGCGGCAACUUUCAGCACACUCACUGCGGGACUGCGCCGGUGACACAGGAGCACUGUCGAGCGAUGGCUGGUCUUCCUAAUGGCUCCAGAUUUGAACAGGCCCAGGCGGUAAUACCACGCCCGGGCAUUUACUCGCAUCACAGCAAUUCCGUGCCCUCCACGCCACAUCAGAAGCCGCGCGACCUGGGACGAUUUCACUCCCGGUCGCCUUCACCACACCGGGGUCUUGCCAACCAGUCGCCACACUCGGUGGCUUCAGAAGCAGUGGACACCCAGAAAUCGAGCAGGGCCAACACGGGCGUGUGUGCGUUCGAAUCUGGAAGCGAGUUCCGGAAGCGACGCAUACCCUAUGUCGAUGGUGGCAACGAGGAAUUGGCUGCGCCCAAGAAGGAGCCGAAGAAGACGCUGAGUCCAGACGAGCAGAAGAAACUGACUGCCGAUAUGCUACAUCUCUACGACCAAUUACUACCCAACAUAGACAGCGAAGCGAGGCGUAAGAGACUGAUUGAGAAACUGGAACGGAUAUUGAAAGAGAAGUGGCCGGGGCAUGAUAUCCGUGUGAACGUAUUUGGAUCCUCGGGGAACCUCCUGAGCUCGAAAGACUCAGACGUGGACAUUUGCAUCACGACGGAGCUCAAGCAACUGCAGUCGAUGCACUCGUUGGCUGAGGUCUUGCACAAUAAUGGCAUGGUCAAAGUCGUUUGCCGACCGAAUGCCAAAGUGCCCAUCGUUAAGUGCUGGGAUCCUGAGCUUCGGUUAUCAGUUGAUCUGAAUGUCAACAACUCCCUCGCUCUUCAAAAUACACGUAUGAUCAAGACUUAUGUGCAGUUGGACAAGCGGGUACGACAAUUGGCCAAGAUCAUUAAGCACUGGACGAAAUGUCGGAUACUGAAUGAUGCGGCAUACGGUGGCACGAUCAGCUCGUAUACAUGGAUCUGCAUGAUCAUCAACUUUCUCCAAAGACGAAAUCCACCAAUCUUGCCAUCUCUGCAGAAAAUCUCGGAUUGCCGGACGACCCUAGAGUCGGGAGAAUUAUCGCCGUUCGCGGACGAUGUUGAUGCGAUCAAACGAAAGGGUCUAGGACCGGAGAACAAAGAAACGCUGGGCGAAUUGCUUUUUCAAUUUUUCCGACACUACGGCUACGAGUUUGAGUAUUCCAAAUACGUUGUUUGCGUGCGAGAAGGCCGGGCAGUAUCGAGAAAAGAGAAAGGCUGGGAUCCGAAGAUCAAUUACCAAGAUAAGGAGUCACGUGUGCGGCUAUGUGUUGAGGAGCCGUUCACCCAAGAUCGAAAUUUGGGCAAUUCCGCCGACGACUAUGCUUGGUAUGGCAUACAUCAAGAGAUCAGGCGUGCCUUUGAUCUCCUCGCAGAUGGCCUACAGCUACUGAAGUGCUGCGAGGAGUUUGUGUUUCCGCCGGAACCAAAGAGGGCCAUCUUCGAACGACCUACUCCGAAGCCGAAGCCGACCUUGACAAGGAGCGUAUCGCAGUCGAAUAGGACGAACCUGGAUCCAAGUGGUCGUUCUCGGAAGAGCAACAGACAGGGCUCUGGACAGAGAGCUGGAAAUCGUAGAGCAUCUAGUGGUGCAGCGUAUAGCCAUCAUCGCUCUGGGGUCCCAUUCAGUCCGCCUCUGGGCGCCAAUCCAAGUGACUACUUCCAGGUCAAAGGCGGUUUGCAUGAACAACUGUUUCAGCAAUACCAGUUUCUACAGGCGCAACAGGAUGCUCUGCGUCACCAGUUGGAAAGGCAACAGCACGUUGCCACGUCAGCGCGAGGCAGUGAUUUGGCCGGGUCUCCUCGACCAAGACAGUAUACGAACGGACUCGCGAGCCCGCGGUUUGCGGAUCACCCUCCGCAGUCUGCGCCUCUGCUGCCUGGUUAUCUCUACCACUAUCCUGCAGCACCUCGAUAUCCACCUCCGUCCAAUAUGUCGCAGGCUCGUCAACGAGACGGGGCGGAUACAAACCCAUCCUCGCCCUCCUUGGUAGCUGCCAUGCCAGCGAUACGCCGCAAUGGACAUCGAGGCAGUAUUCCAGACGCCUCGGCGAGCUCUGCCAGGUCGCAGUCUCAACCAGGACGCUCCUUGCCACACCCACUGACCCUGCAGCAACAUGUACAUCCUGGCUACGAUGUCUCGGGGGUGCUUAACAGUCAUCGUUCUGUUCCACAGAUGUAUGCUGGACAUCCUGGUCUAGCGCUACCGCUGAGUGCACAAUUCCCGGGUGUCCAUACUGCAGGUUUGACUCAGGAUAGCACCAUGCCCAAAGAGUAUGUUGGCUACUUCAGCUCUCCGCAACUUGGACCUCAGCAAUUUGCAAGCUCGAGCCAGUUACCGCCGCCAGCUAUGACUUUGAGAGAUCCACCGACGCGACAAAGAAGAGUGACGCCGGAUCUCGCGCCGCCUUUGAUCAACGGGCGGCAUAGCUCACGAUCGCCUUCUCCACUCAAUCAUCUGCGCGGUCUGUCACUGCAGGGAGACGUGGCUGUAGAGCCUCCGUUGUUCAUCGAAAGGCCUACCACAAAUGGACAGCAUUCCUCGGCGUCAACAUUGCCACCAACUCCCGUCACAACCUCGGAUCCUGUGUUAGUCAACGGAAGCACCGGUGGGCCAGUCAUCGUGAAUGGGUCCACACGAGCUCCUGCUCCCAAGUCUGCCGAACAGACGUUGACAAACGGAAUCGCAGGACCAGGCAUUCAACUGCAGAACGAAAUUCCAUUUGUGGCGCAACCGGAAGACCUGCCGAGAUUGCGGCCAGUGCAGGUCCGGACGAAUUUUGAGCAGUCGUCGAGCGACCUCAUGCCAGAAGGUGUGCCACCAACGCGGCAUUCCACGUCAGAUGUCCGGGCGAGCCUCUCGCCUAAUGGCACACACCUGAAUGGGCUAGAUGGCCACCACCACGAACUCAGCCCAGUAACGACGGCUAUGCUCUCCCCAGUGGCUGAGCUUCGUACCCCUUCUCCAACCCAUACAAGGGUUUUCGAACACGACUAUCCGAAAACGAAUGGGCUGCUCAAGACUGCAAAGGUUACUGAUGCUAAGCAAGUUUUGAACGAGAAUCAACAUUCCAAGGCCGGUGUGAAGGUGGAGCACGAGCGGAAAGGUAGCGCCCCUGUGCCCUCGGCUCCAGGCAAUGCUUCCAAGGGCAUGACCAUACAACCCAUUCCUCCUUAUGUGCCAUCACCCAAGAACGAGUGGCAGACAGCUUCCGGAGGCAAGAACAAGCACAAGAAGAACAAGUCGAUUGCGGGCGCCAGAGCUAAUGGUGUUGGUGCUCAGCCAUUUCCUCCAUUCGAUUUUGAACGAAAAGGUGGCUAGGGGGCAAGGAAUCUGCAAGGUCUUUACAAAUAUCACUGUGCAGCGGCGAAGCAGCAGAGGCAAGUCGGUCGUUGAAGACAGACGCGUGCUGGGCCGAUACCGACACAGCUCGUAUUGUAACAACACUGCUCCCGGUAGCACACUGUCGAGCCCGUUUCGGGUUCAUGGCUGGAUGUGGAGAAAAAGAGAGAUGGCGAAAGACGACGGCUCUGGAUGGAUAUGGAAAAAUAAACCUUGGCUUAGCAGGAAGCAGGUUGUGAUGAUUGCGUACAUUUGUAACAAAAAUGUUAAGCUCGUUUGGGAUUUUGGCGUGAAGAUUCGGCGUGAAGGGGUUAAACGCGGGCAUAUACGCGGAAAGGACGUCGCUGUUGCAUGCAUGAAGGACCGCAUGAGCCCUUUGACGAUUGUUUAGGGGAACAGGGUAGUGGCCACUCACUGUCAUAGGCGUCUGAGCGCAAAUCCUGUGUGUGUGUAGACAUAUCUUGACCGAUAGCCAGAGGCAGGCAAGAGCGAAAUUCAUUGUUUUGGUGAGACGACCUCAAGAAGGUCGUCUGAAAUUU